GCGCAGGCGCACCAGGCUCUUCCCGAGGCACUAGCAGUGCGCGGGCCGGGCGCGCUCUGAGUACACUCAGAGCGGCUGUUGGCGGCAGUCCCGCGAGAGCCGGAUCUCCGGAGCCGGGCCCGGGGUCAUGAUCCCCCCGGAGGAGGCGGCGGCGGCGGCAGCUGCCAGGGCCCCUGAGCGGACCCGGGGUCGGGGAGUGCGGGGUCUCCUGCGGGACAUUCGCACCCCGGUGCGCCAGGAGCCCUUCCAGGAGCGCUACGGGCUGAGCCCAGGCCGCGAGCUGGGCAGAGGCAAAUUUGCCGUGGUGAGGAAAUGUGUCAAGAAGGAUUCUGGCAAGGAAUUUGCAGCCAAAUUCAUGAGGAAAAGAAGAAAAGGCCAAGAGUGCCGGACGGAGAUCAUCCACGAGAUCGCCGUCCUCGAGCUGGCCCAGGGCAACCAGCGGGUCAUCAACCUGCACGAAGUCUACGAGACGCCGGCCGAGAUGAUCUUGGUCCUGGAAUAUGCGGCCGGAGGCGAGAUCUUUGACCAGUGCGUGGCCGACAGGGAGGAGGCCUUCAAGGAGGGGGACGUGCAGCGGCUCAUGCGGCAGAUCGUGGAGGGGGUCUCCUUCCUCCACGCACACAGCGUGGUCCACCUCGACCUGAAGCCCCAGAACAUCCUGCUGACGAGCGAGUCCCCCCUGGGCGACAUCAAGAUCGUUGACUUCGUCUCGAGGAUGGUGGAGAGCCACGAGGAGCUCCGCGAGAUCAUGGGGACCCCCGAGUAUGUGGCUCCCGAGGUCCUCAGCUAUGACCCGAUCAGCACGGCGACGGACAUGUGGAGCGUCGGGGUGCUCGCCUACGUCAUGCUCACGGGCAUCUCCCCCUUCCUGGGCGACGACAAGCAGGAGACCUUCCUGAACAUCUCCCAGAUGAACGUCAGCUACUCCGAGGAGGAGCUGGACGCCGUGUCCGAGGCGGCCGUGGACUUCAUCAAAGCGCUCCUGGUGAAGAGGCCCGAGGAUCGGGCCACGGCCGAGGAGUGUCUGAGACAUCCGUGGCUGACCCAAGGCGGAGGCCCAGAACCUCCCUUCCGGGUCAAGGGUCUGAUGAAAGAGCCCGGAGGCCUCCAGGAGGAGGAGGACGCCCCUGGGCCUGAAGCGCCGGCGGAGGCAGAGAAGCCCCAACCCGAGGAGCUCAUUGUGGUGGCUUCCUACACGCUGGGCCCCUGCCCCUGCCCCAAGGCCAUCUCCAAACGGUUCCGCUUCGAGGAGCCGCUGCUUCCAGAGAUGCCCGGGGAGUUUGUGUACUGAGUGCGGGUGCCCGGCUGGUGCCAGGCUUCUUUGGAAAACACUCGUGUCAAUUAUAGCCGCAUGGCCGCACGUCCGGCAUCCCGAGAAGGGGUCUCCUGGGCCCGGCGGUGACUGCCCAGGCUGAGCCGGGGGGAGGGGGCUGAGGAGCGCACGCUGUCCCUCUUCUCCAGAAACCCCCUCUAGAAGUGCCAACCACAGCCCGGGGCUGCCUUUGACCCGUGGGCACCACUUUGGGCACCGCCAGACUGGACUGCGUCCAUUUCAGUUUAGACCUUUUUAGGAUUUAAUUGAAUUGAAUUGAAAGGCACAAGAUGUUUCUAAGAACUAGAAUGGCAGCCAAGGGGGUCUGACGGGUGCAUUUUUUGUUGUUUUCUCCAGUGAGACUCUGGGGCUCCUCCUUCCCUGUGGGGAUUGUCGGUGAUAAUUCCGGGGUUCCCCCUACAACCCCGCCAACCCCAACCAAUAAGAAAAACAAGGUUGAGCUGGGGUUCCCCUUUUUAGUAACACCCCGGGUUUAGAGAUAGUCUCCAUGCUCUCCAGGAAGAUGGAUGGGAUUGGCUUCCAGUGGUCCUGAGUUCUCUCAGACAAACCAAGCUAGAAGAUGUGACUUGUCCCAGGUAACCGAGUGAUCUGACCCAGAGGGUGUAGUGGUCAGGGAAAAGGCCCUGUGAUGAUUUGCUGAGGGGGUGACCCCCCACUCCUCCCCCAGUCACAGGAGAACCUGGUUCCCGGAGGCAGCUUUCCUCCAAAGGGCUAUUUAAAUUGUAACUUGAUUAAAGCCUUAAAAGCAGACAGGAGAAAUGCUAAAGGGCCCUUGGGAAAUCCGACCUUCCUCUGGAGCCAGUAUCCUCUUGGAGUCCUCUCAGGUGCGAUUUGACUGGAAUGAUCCAGGUCAAGAGCUGGUUGGUCUGAGGCUCGUCACCCAGCUGACCAUUAGAAGUGGUUGCUCUGGACUUCAUUUCCACUCGGCUUCUUUGGUCUCAGGCUCCCCUGAAGGGAGGAAGUAGGGGCUGGGAACCCCCUGGACCCGGCCAGCAGCAAGCUUCUUGCCAUUGGUGUGGGCUCAGCUUUCACAUGUGACUUUGAGGGCUCCUGCAUGCAGGUCCCAAAUGUCUGAUGUUGGAAAAGACUAUCUGGGUGCGCUCAGAGGCACCCACAGCCCCAUGCCCUCCCCACCCAUCUGUGUUCCCAUUGUUACAGAAACUGAAGUGCAGUUAGCGAAUUUGCUCCCAGGCUGCCUUUCUGGCUCUUCAAUGGGCCGCUUUGCCAUUUGAAAUGGUUGCUAUUUCAUGAGUAUUUUGUGCCUUAAAGUUUGGGGUUUGUAAGUAUUUUGAGUCAUUCGUAAUUUGUAUAAAGUUAUUAAAGUUUAUUGGUUUGUAAGUUAUAAACAGUAUGAAAAGUCUAUAACAGACCAAUUAAAAUAACUAUUUCUGUCGCUA